GAGCUGACCUGCCCUGGGAUCGGGCACUGGAGGCUGCUGGGGAGGGCGGCGUGGGAGAGGACGCAGAGACGCAGGGGCGGCCGCACCGGGGUGACAAGCUGCGCACCUGGAAAGUUACCGGGCUGUCUGGUUCUUGAGCAAAAUGGGAAAUGGUUCAGUGAAACCCAAACAUUCCAAGCAUCCAGAUGGCCACUCGGGGAACCUCACCAACGAUGCCCUGCGGAGCAAGGUGACAGAGCUGGAGAAGGAGCUGAGGAGGAAGGAUGCGGAGAUCCAAGAGCGGGAGUACCAUCUGAAGGAGCUGCGGGAGCAGCUGUCGAAGCAGACUGUGGCCAUUGCCGAGCUCACAGAGGAGCUGCAGAACAAGUGCAUCCAGCUGAACAAGCUGCAGGACGUGGUGCACAUCCAGGGUGGCAGCCUGCUGCAGGUCUCCCCAGAUAGGGUGCCCCUGGAGGUGCACCGGAAGACCUCGGGGCUGGUCUCUCUCCAUAGCAGGAGGGGAGCCAAGGCGGGGGUGUCUGCCGAGCCAACAACCCGAACCUAUGACCUCAACAAACCUCCUGAAUUUUCCUUUGAGAAAGCAAGAGUCAGAAAGGACUCCAGCGAGAAGAAGCUCAUUACAGAUGCUCUUAAUAAAAAUCAGUUUUUGAAGAGACUGGAUCCUCAGCAGAUCAAAGACAUGGUGGAGUGCAUGUAUGGAAGAAGCUACCAGCUAGGGAGCUACAUUAUUAAGCAAGGAGAACCAGGAAACCACAUCUUUGUGUUGGCAGAGGGCCGAGUAGAGGUGUUCCAAGGGGAGAAAUUGAUAUCAUCCAUACCUAUGUGGACCACGUUCGGGGAACUAGCCAUUUUAUACAACUGUACAAGGACCGCCUCUGUGAAAGCUAUUACCAAUGUUAAAACUUGGGCACUGGAUCGAGAGGUGUUCCAGAACAUAAUGAGAAGGACAGCUCAAGCUAGAGAUGAACAGUACAGAAACUUCCUCAGAAGUGUGUCCCUGCUGAAGAAUUUACCUGAAGACAAAUUAACCAAGAUCAUUGACUGCUUGGAAGUGGAAUACUAUGAUAAAGGAGAUUACAUUAUACGAGAGGGCGAGGAAGGAAGCACCUUUUUCAUUUUAGCCAAAGGAACGGUAAAAGUCACCCAGAGUACAGAGGGCCAUGAUCAGCCACAAGUGAUAAAAACACUGCAGAAAGGAGAAUACUUUGGAGAAAAAGCUCUUAUCAGUGAUGAUGUCAGAUCAGCCAACAUUAUUGCUGAAGAAAAUGAUGUCGCAUGCCUGGUGAUAGAUCGAGAAACAUUCAACCAAACAGUUGGGACUUUCGAAGAACUCCAAAAAUACCUUGAAGGGUAUGUGGCGAACCUGAACCGUGAUGAUGAAAAAAGACAUGCGAAGAGAUCCAUGUCUAACUGGAAGCUGUCCAAGGCACUCUCUCUGGAGAUGAUUCAGCUAAAGGAGAAGGUUAAAGUGAAAAAUGAGAAUGUUGCUUUCGCUAUGAAAUGCAUAAGGAAGAAACACAUAGUUGAUACCAAGCAGCAGGAGCACGUCUACUCGGAGAAGAGGAUCCUGGAGGAGUUAUGUUCUCCCUUCAUUGUGAAAUUGUAUCGUACUUUCAAGGACAAUAAGUAUGUAUACAUGCUUCUGGAAGCCUGCUUAGGUGGGGAGCUAUGGAGUAUAUUACGGGACAGGGGCAGCUUUGAUGAACCCACCUCCAAGUUCUGCGUGGCUUGUGUAACUGAAGCAUUUGAUUACCUGCAUCGACUAGGUGUUAUCUACAGAGACCUGAAGCCAGAAAACCUAAUUCUAGAUUCUGAGGGCUAUCUGAAGUUGGUUGACUUUGGAUUUGCUAAGAAAAUAGGAUCUGGACAGAAAACAUGGACAUUCUGUGGGACCCCAGAGUAUGUAGCUCCUGAAGUCAUUCUCAACAAAGGCCAUGACUUCAGUGUGGAUUUCUGGUCCCUGGGAAUUCUAGUGUAUGAACUCCUAACGGGCAACCCACCCUUUUCUGGGACUGACCAAAUGAUGACCUACAAUUUGAUUCUCAAAGGAAUUGAAAAAAUGGAUUUUCCCAGAAAAAUAACAAGAAAACCUGAGGAUUUGAUUAGGAGGCUUUGCAGGCAAAAUCCAACAGAAAGGCUGGGAAAUCUGAAGAAUGGGAUCAAUGACAUUAAGAAACACAGGUGGUUAAAUGGUUUUAAUUGGGAAGGACUGAAGGCACGGACCCUUCCAUCACCUUUACAAAGAGAGCUCAAGGGACCCACAGAUCAUAGCUACUUCGACAAGUACCCUCCUGAAAAGGGAGUGCCUCCAGAUGAGCUGUCGGGCUGGGACAAAGACUUCUGACAGAAAGAAAGAAAAAAAAGGUUAUCACUGCCUAUCUACUACAGAAGAGGACUGUGAACACCAAUAAUCCAAUACUGAGUAUUUCUCUCAUUGGCGUGUUGUGAUAUCUGUUGGAAGACCAUUAGGGAAAAGAAAUCCCUGCCCACCAGCUGGGGUGGAUGAUAGUGGUAACAGAAGUGGUUCUGAAUUAUAAUGUCUUAUUUAGAUGCUGUGAAUUACUCAAAAUUUUUAUUCUUUGCUUUUCUCAAAUGUUGAAGGCUAUUCUAUUCUCCUCUCUACAGUCAGAACCAUUUUUGUU